AUGUUAGUGCCCCAAACAUACAUUAGCGGGGCCUUAUCUAUAUCAUCUCCAUCACCAGCAUCAGAAGAAGGUGGAGCAUCAUCCGUGGACGAAGGUGUGGCUGCAGUCGUUGGAGUGGUGGAGGAUCUUCUACCUCGGCCCCGACCCCGCUUUUCUUAUCAAAAAAUAUUAAGCUCCUACAUGUUAAUUGUAAUGCUUGUUUUACUGACAAGUGGAGGUGAAUCUUGGGCUCGAAUCCACCCGGCUCCAGCACAAGUCGAAGAUGGUGGUUCUGAGGUUGAGAAAGUGGCUAACUCGGUAGUGGUCGAUGGACAAAUUAGAGGGUUUCGUAAGGUGGAUAAUAAUCAUAUCUUCGCCAAACGCGGUGCUCCGCUGUCGGGUCCAAGCCGGAAGGGGCAUAAACACGAUAAGAUAUCUUCUCAAGGAAAAUGA